UCAAAUACAAAUGAUGAUCACCAGAGUGAAUUCGCGUCACUGCCACGGAAGGGACAUGGAUCACUCCCGAGACCUCUGGAGAAGUGUGACGUAACAGGGGGAUGCUACAUAAAGAGGCCCAGGUGUUUUUUCAGAAGACAACAGAAGAACCAGGGAGUGAAUGCGUGAGAUUUUUGUGAAUCUUUCUGAUAGAACCUCCAAGCCACCAUGAGAGUCCUGCUGCUGCCUCUACUGCUGCUGUGUGUGCUGGCUGUUGGCUGGGCUGAGCCCCAGGAAGGUGUGAGGGCUCUGAGGCUGUGUGGACGGGAGCUGCUGAGGGCGGUGGUGUACACCUGCGGGGGCUCCAGGUGGAGACGGUUCCCCGCUGGCGAGGACUCACCUGAUGACAAUGUGGACCAGUAUGGGCUGAGCACCUGGAUGGCAGAGAGGAGGAAACGAGACAUCAGUGGAUCCUUGAUCAGGCUGUGCUGUCAACAAGGCUGUAAUAAGAGUGACCUGUCUGCCUUGUGUUGAGGAUAAGACUUUUUCCCAUAUUUGGAUGGCUUCAAUGAAUCAGCAAAACAUCAUGACAGUGGCAAUG